AUGUUGUCUCAUCUCAUCGCCCUCCACAAUGGGCAGACCGUCCCUGCUAUCGGACUCGGAACAUGGCAAUCGAAACUCAAUGCUAGUGAAAUCGCCCGCGCCGUGGAACAUGGGCUAAAGGCAGGCUAUAGACACAUUGAUUGUGCUUGGUUUUAUGGGAACGAAAAGGAAGUUGGUGACGGUCUGCGUGCAUCAGGCGUUCCGCGAGAGGAAGUGUUUGUCACCAGCAAGGUUUGGGGUACAUACCAUAGACGCGUUGAGGAAUCCCUCGACCAGACGCUUGCGAACUUGGGAACAACAUAUCUUGACCUUUACCUUGUGCACUGGCCUAUUGCGAUGAACCCGAAUGGGAAUCACCCUGUCAUGCCGAUGCGCCCGAACGGAAACCAUGACAUCGAUGAAUCAUGGGACAUCAGGGACACUUGGAAGGCUAUGGAAGCCAUGGUAAAGAAGGGUAAAGUCAAGGCAAUCGGCGUGUCAAACUUUUCCCGGAUGAUGCUCGAGAGGAUCUUGCCCACAGCUGAGAUCAUACCGGCUCUCGAGCUUCACCUGUACAAUCCGCAGCUGAAGCUUCUGGAUUACUUGAAGUCAAAGAAAAUUGUUCCACAAGCAUACUCGCCCCUUGGUUCGACCGGCGCUCCACUGUUGACCGAUGAGUUUGCCACUGAGAUUGCGAAGAAGCGUGGUCUCAAGAGCACGUCCGAUGUCCUUCUCGGUUACCUGUUGACAAAGGACAUAGUUGUCCUUCCCAAAUCAAUGUCACCAUCCCGUAUCGAAUCUAACUUGACUGGCGCACUAGAGGCAUACAGUGUGCUGACACCAGAGGACAUUAAAAUCCUUGACGGUGUAGCUGUGGGUGGCAAGCAGAAGCGUUUCAUCAUGCCUAACUGGGGUAUUGAUCUUGGUUUUGAUGACUGGCCCGCUCCAACAAAGUAA